AAAAUUAAUGUACAGGUGAAGUUGAAAAUAAUAAAAGUGAAGUUGUUUCCAUUUUUUUGAAUUUACAAAAAAAUGCCCUCGAGAAACAAAAUUUCAAAGCUUUUGGUUUUUUGUUUUUUUUUUAGAGGAAAACUCGAAGAACAUGUUCAUGCUAAAUCUAUUUUGUUUCACGGAGGCAGUCUUUCUGAAAUUCGGGGAUACCCCUCCAUUUUAACGCUAAAAAUCAUGUAAAUAGCUUAUUGCUCGAUUUAAACUCCAAAUAUUUGGGUAAUUUUGUCAAUACACGUCUUUUAAACUUAUUUUCAAAAAUUAUUGAAUCAAGACAUACGUUCUAAUUGGUUUUAUCAUAUAUUUGAAAAACUUAAUUUUUUCGAUCUUUCAUGCAACACCUUUAGGGGAAUUAACAUGACACAUGCAACACCUUCUUUUUCAAAAGAUGUCUGAUUACUUUCAAAAAGACACGUGCUCAUUUUCAAUGUGUCCAGAACAACUGUACAGUUUGGGUAAUGUCAAGUUAGAGGUGUGAGAGGCGUUGGUUACACACAAUAGGCACUGUCUAUUCAAGACAUGCUUAAACAAGAGGCCUAUGGGCCACAUCGCUCACCUGAGUCACCUUGGCCCAUAUCUAAAGAUUUUCCCUACAUAUUCACAUGUAAAAUUCUCAUUGUGGCCCCGGGGGCCAUGAUUUUUACAAACUUGAAUUUGCACAAUGUCAAGAAGCUUUUAUGUAAAUGUAAACUUCUCUGGCCCAAUGGUUCUUGAGAAGAAUUUUAAUUAUUUCCCUAUAUAUUUAUAUGUAAAACUUUGUGGCCCCACCCUACGCCAGGGUCCAUGAUAUUUACAAACUUGAAUCUGCACUUCAUCAGGAAGUUUUCAUGUAAAUAUAAACUUUUCUGGUUCAGUGGUUCUUGAGAAGAAAUUUUAUAAAGAUUUUCUCUAUAUAUUUAUAUGUAAAACUUUGAUCCCCUAUAGUGGGCCCACCCUAUUCCCGGGGAUCAUGGUUUUAACAAACGUGAAUGUGCAUUAUGUCAGAAAGCUUUCACGUAAAUGUAAACUUUUCUGGCUCCGUAGUUCUUGAGAAGAAAAUUAUUAAAGAUUUCCCCAUUAUAUUUCUAUGUAAAACUUUCAUCCCCUAUUGUGGCCUCUCCUACCCCCGGGGGCCAUGAUCUGAAAAAAUUGAAUUUACUGUAUACCAGGAAGCUUUCAGGUAAAUCUCCACUCUUAUAGCCUCGUGGUUCUUGAGAAGAUUUUUCUAAGAUUUUCCCUAUAUAUUGGCAUGUAAAAGUUUGAUCCCGUAUUGUGGUCCCACCCUACCCCUGGGAUCAGGAUUUUAACAAAAGUGAAUCUCCACUAUGUGAAGAAGCUUUCAUGUAAAUUUCAGCUUUUCUGCAUAAAACAGAAACCGUCUGAGCAGGAAAGUAGUCUAACUCAAGCUGUAACGACAGGCAGCUAAUAUGAACACGUUAGACGGGCUUGAAAUGCAGGGAUUUUACAGGUGCUUUGAUUUAUAUGUCCAGUCCUUGCGCCCUGUCCGACAGAGCGAGGAGGCGGGUCUUGUCCAUCAUAAAAUAGAAAGUUGUAAAUGUCACACGGAGAAACUUAACAUAAUCUAACAUCAUGUGGACCCAACUAGUGAUAACACUGGUUUUGGUGUGUGUUACUGGUGUUUUAUGUCAAACAACUAUAACUGCCGAAUGUGAUCCCCCAUGCAAGGCAGGAACAGAAACGUGUGUUCGAUUAUCGAGGUGCAAAGGGAAAAAAUGCAACAUGUGUGCUGAGACCCCAAGUAUAGAGGUUACCAAGGCUACCAGUUUACAGCUUCCGGGAAUAGGAGGAUUACAAAAACAACAAUUGCAAAUGUUGCUGCAAGCUAAAAUGUUACAGCAACAGCAGGGUCAGGCCAAUGCCGCAACAGGCAUGGGCGUUACUGAACCAGUGACAUCAUCACCCACUGAUUGGUCGGCUGUAUUUGGCGGGAAUACUGCAAAUACAGGAAGAACCUCGGGUUCGAAUUCAUUCUCCGUAAACGAUUACUUUUUAUCUGGUUAUUUAUUUGAUGGAUUCGGCAUGGGAUUUGGAAUGUGAGAGAACAUAUCGGAGAAAUACACCACACAACACUCGUAUCAGCUCUUUCAAUAUUGUUUUCAUUUUUACCAUAAUGAUUCAACAUUUUCAUGGUGGAUUCGUACAAUUAUGAUUAAAUGUUGUUGCUAUC